AUGUCUAACCCAUUGAAGCGGCGAUUCGAUCCUGUCAGGGAAUUAAAUGAUGAUGUUGACGAUGGCACACAUUUGUAUUCAGGCACUGUUAUUGCGCCUCAUGCAACUAUGCCACAGCCUUACGACACAGGAUCGUGGCAAGUUCAAGAUUACGGCAUGCUUGACAUGCCCCGGGAGAGUCAAUACCACGGGCCAGGCUACAUGAAUCCAACAAGCGAUAUUCCCGUUAUGCAACCAUUGAGUUCGAUAGAAGAUAUAUUCGGCGGCAUGUUUCUUGACCCGAUUGCUGGCGCGCAGAUUUCGACGUUGAACAUCAGUGAACCAUCCUACAAUUUUGACGGAGCGCUUCAAGAUUGGCGAAAUGAAUUUGUCCUAUCAGAUACCGAUCCCACGGGAUCAGCACCAUUUUCGUCUCAGGAAACGUCGCACUUCUCAUCGCUGAGUCCAGGGUCAACAGGAUCAGUACCGUUUUCGUCUCAAGAGGCGUCACAGCUGUCAUCUUUGAGUCCAGAGUCAACAUCUUCGGUAUCAGUACCAUUUUCGACUCAAGAGGCGUUACAGUUAUCAUCUUUGAGCCCAGCAUCAACAUCGGAAGAUGUUAUUAUGCUUAAUGAUCAAGAUGAAAUAUGCUACGGGAUGCUGCACAGUGUCGACGUCAAAUUUGUCGGCGAAAUGCAAGUCGUCCACUCUAGACUCAGUGAAAUGGAGACCACGUAUGAACGGUUCAAGAUCAAGAAAAAAGAUGAUCAUGUAAUGUUAUCAUUCCACGACGCCGACGAUGACGAUAAAGACGGGACAUUUGGUUACCUGCGCUCCGCUGUUGGCAAGACACUUAUGCCGCUCCUGACUAUGACUCAUGUGAACCUUGAGCCCAUCGGGCAAGCAUCAAAUCUCAAAGAUACAAUAGGGAGAGCUAACAAGGCAGCUGAGGCUAUUGCGAAAGUCGAUAUCAACCUGUAUGGACCGCGUUGUGCUGCAAAGGAAGUUGGUGACACGCUAUCCCGCGGCAAGCUGUGGCUACAGAAAUCGAAUCAUAUGAAGUGCGGUGUCAUAUAUGACAACCCUCACUUCCUUCGGCUCGAACUUAGUGGUAUUUCAAUUCAGCCUACGCAGCCAGUAAACCAAAACCAUAACAAGGGCCCAGCGGGUAAGCAAAAACGACAGGAACGGUUACAAGACUUGGUUAGAGAAGUAUACAACUCUAUCGACCGUUCUCGAAACCUGGACAAGGUGAAUGUUGGGGGAUUGGUCACCCAAGAGCUACUCCCACAUCAGCAAGAAGCCCUCGGCUUUAUGGUAGAGAGGGAAUCUGGCGAUAUAAAUGAUAGAUACAGACUUUGGGAGACGAAAACACUGGACAAUGGGAAUGAGGAAUAUUGUCACAGAAUCACCAAACAGAAGAUCAAGAAUGGUAUACGACCAGACGAAAGUGGAGGCGGCAUUCUAGCUGAUGAGAUGGGCAUGGGCAAGACUUUAUCCAUCCUGUCUCUGAUCGUGAAAACUCUGGAUGUUGCUACAGAGUGGGCUCAGAAGCAAGAGAGUAGCGCUACUGUUGAAGAAGAAAUCCAAAGAUCACGAUCUACUCUUGUGAUCGUUCCAUCUGCACUUUUGGUAUACAACUGGAUAGACGAGAUCGACAAAUACCUUAAAGAGGGAGUCAAGAAAAUUAAAUACCACGGAUCUGAUAGAUCCAAGAGUCUCGAGGAAAUCUUAGACUCGGACAUUGUUGUGACUACCUACAGCACUCUGAAGGCUGAGUUUCAGAACAAAAAAUCGCUUCUCCAUCGUGUUGACUGGUAUAGAAUCGUUUUGGAUGAAGCGCACAUUAUACGACGUCGAGCCACACUAUUCUAUCGCUCAUGCGACGAGCUCCAUGCCAGUUUCCGGUGGUGUCUGACGGGAACGCCCAUUCAAAACAAGCUUACGGAUAUUGGCACGCUAUUUGCUUUCAUCCGCGCGGAACCUUUCUCCAAAGCUUCAGUGUUUCGCAAGUGGAUUGAAGUUCCAUUUGAGCAGAGCACUGAUGACUCCACUGCAGCUACUGCUGUUAAAGACCGUCUUGUUAUGCUUAUUGAAGCUCUCUGUCUAAGACGUACAAAGGAUUCGAUCGAACUACCAGAAGUGCAGACCUAUUUGCGCGAGCUCACUUUUACGCCCCAGGAGCGAGAACAAUACGACAAUACGAAGAAAAUUCUGACCCGCAUGAUCCUCCAUCGUGUAGGUGAGAUUGAUAAGGUCUCCCACUUUGGGACCUUUCAGAUGAACUUGCAGAUGCGCCUCUUGUGCAAUCACGGCACUUUUCAACAGCCCUUCUCUUGGCGCCGCCGAAGCUAUCAGGAUGAGCGGGAAGCUGCCGCUGGAGCUCUCGGUCAGAACAGUGAAAUCUGUUGCUCAGGUUGCCAGUUGCCGAUGCCAAUUUUGGGUUCUAGCUGGAUGCGUAGCGACUACAACAGCCGAUGUAAUCAUGCGUUGUGCCCCGAAUGCAUUGACGAAUCUGGCAGAACACCAGGGUGUCCUGUAUGCUUAUUGACGCUUGGGCCUGAUAUGGCGGGAAACAAUGCAUCGACAAAUGGUGAAGACGUCCCAGAUUGGCCCGCCGAUGACAGAGCUGGAAACAGUGACGAUCAUUACUUCAACAAGGAGGGUCAUUCAACAAAGAUGGAAGCACUAAUUGAGGAUGUUCAGAAGGACUUGACCAACACAAAAAGUAUCAUAUUCUCUUGUUGGACCAGAACACUCAAAUUGCUCUCCCGCUACUUGGAAGAAGCCAAUAUUCAAUACUUCUGCAUUGAUGGUACCUCUUCACUUUCACAGCGGCAAAAGAAACUAAAGCAGUUUGCAAAGGAUGAUCAAACGCGAGUGCUCAUUAUGACCACUGGCACAGGAGGAUUCGGACUCAAUCUCACCUGUGCCAAUCGCAUCUUCAUUGUAGAAUUACAGUGGAAUCCCGGUGUCGAGAGCCAGGCCAUCGCGCGCGCUAUUCGACUGGGGCAGAAAUGCGAAGUAAAGGUGAUGCGCUACCUGGUUAAGGGCACUGUUGAAGAGGAAAUGAGAUCCCAACAGCGGUACAAAAAGCAACUUGCUGCUUUGGGUUUCGAUGAGCUGCUUGAAUCUGAGGAUCACGCAGUUGUGAAUGACUCUGUACCAAGCAUAGUAAUAUCGCAGUAG